AUGCCGACCGGCGUGGAGCGGCCGCCGCCGGCGGCGACGACGCAGCACAUCAAGCCGUCGCACUUCUGGUCGUCGUCGUUCGCGCCGCCCUCGCACUACUGGGACCACUCGCAGUCGCACAGCCUGCUGGAGAUCGAGAGUCUGUCCAUCAGCGACCCACGCGCGCCAGGCUACGCCAGCCUGCCGACACAGCACGCGCGGCCCGCACAGACGCUCGAGCGCGCCUCCAAGUCGUCCAGCCUGAAGCGGCUCUGUGGCAAGGGCGUCACGCGCAUGGGCUCCUACCUGGAGACGCUGCACCGCUCGGCCAAGAUCGGCGAGAUCGCCGAGGUGGUGGAGGAGCUGGACCCCUGGGACCACCGCGCCAUCGAGUACGUGAUGGUGCCCAAGUCGCAGUACCUCUCGCUGUACCGGGCGAACCGGCUGCUGCGCGACCCGUGCUGCUGCCAGGGCCUGGGCAAGGCCCGCAAGCUCUGUGACAACUGCCUGCAGCCGACCGUCAUCCUGCGCUCUCCGUCACCAGCCGUCUCCGUGCUGCCCACCUCGGAGCCGAGACACUCUCCAGCCACGGGCAGUCUGCAGACGAGGCGCACCCGAGCUCCGGCUGCGUCACCGACCCGGGCACAAACUUUGCUGCCACGUCUGUCUAAAAGCAAACAGGCUGAACAGCAGACGGCCGGUCGCCCCCCACACUUUUCCAGCCAGGAGCUGCUUCUGGACUGCGUUCCUCGUGAGCAUCCGAUCAGACAGAAGGCUCACAGCUCGUCGGCGGCGCUCGUGCUGGCCGUGUGA